GCAAAGCAGAGAGAGAGAGAGAGAAAGAGAGAGAGAGAGAUGUAGCACUGGGACUCUCCUCUGUCACUUUUACUUGUAAUCAUCUGUCCGGCGCCAUCCACGGCGCAAUGGGGACGUUUUGAAGCGCCUGCUUUAUGAGGAGUCGCAUUAUACGAGUGAGCCACGCAAUGCGACCGAGGAGAGCUGCCUCUCGGAGGAUAUAUUGCGGCUUCUGGACUGCUUAGUCGGAGUAGCUUGGUGCUAGCGCGGGGCUAACGUCUUGUGCUGGCUUCUCCGGAGCGUAUCCUGUCAAGAUGCUGCGGUGGAUCCGGCAGCAGCUGGGCUUUGACCCUCCUCAUCAAAGUGACACCAGGACUGUUUAUGUAGCAAACCGUUUCCCUGAGCAUGGCCAUUACAUACCGCAGCGCUUCGCAGACAACAGAAUCAUCUCAUCCAAGUACACAAUCUGGAAUUUUGUCCCCAAGAAUUUGUUCGAGCAGUUUCGCAGGAUAGCGAACUUCUAUUUCCUCAUCAUCUUCCUUGUGCAGUUAAUGAUAGACACUCCAACUUCCCCAGUUACCAGCGGGCUGCCUCUCUUCUUUGUGAUCACAGUUACAGCUAUUAAACAGGGCUACGAGGACUGGCUGAGGCACAAAGCGGACAACGAGGUGAACGGAGCUCCAGUGUUUGUGGUUCGCAGUGGGAGUCUGGUCCAGACAAGAUCCAAAAAUAUCAGGGUUGGGGACAUUGUCCGUGUUGCUAAGGAUGAGACGUUCCCAGCUGACCUGGUGCUGCUGUCGUCGGAUCGUGCGGACGGCACCUGUCACAUCACCACAGCCAGCCUUGAUGGAGAAACCAACCUUAAGACCCAUUUUUCUGUGCCAGAGACGUCGGUGUGUCAGUCGGUGUCCCAGCUGGAGGCCUUGCACGCCGUGGUGGAGUGUCAGCAGCCGGAGGCCGACCUCUACAGGUUUGUUGGACGUGUAACCAUCACGCAGCAAGGCGAAGAGAUCGUCCGACCGCUGGGUCCAGAGAACCUGCUGCUGCGAGGGGCCAGGUUGAAAAAUACCAAAGAAAUAUUUGGUGUGGCCGUUUAUACGGGGAUGGAAUCCAAGAUGGCGCUCAACUACAAGUGCAAGUCCCAGAAACGCUCAGCUGUUGAGAAGUCGAUGAACUCCUUCCUGAUCAUCUACCUGGUCAUCCUGCUGUCGGAGGCGAUCCUCAGCACCAUCCUGAAGUACGCCUGGCAGUCCGAAGACAAGUGGAACGAGCCUUUCUACAACCAGAAGACCGAGCAGGAGAGAAACAGCAGCCCGAUCCUUCAGUUCAUCUCAGACUUCCUGGCGUUCCUGGUUCUCUACAACUUCAUCAUUCCCAUCUCGCUCUACGUUACUGUGGAGAUGCAGAAGUUUCUGGGCUCCUUUUUCAUUGGCUGGGAUAUGGACCUGUACCACGAGGAGAGCAACCAGAAAGCUCAGGUCAACACGUCUGAUCUCAAUGAGGAGUUGGGACAGGUUGAAUAUUUGUUUACAGACAAGACUGGUACGCUAACAGAAAAUGAAAUGCAGUUCCGCGAGUGUUCGAUAAACGGCAUCAAGUACCGGGAGAUGAACGGCAAACUGGUACCAGAGGGGAUGACGGGGGAUUCACCAAGCGGUUCUUCACCUCAGCUGAUAACUGAGGAGUUAUUAUUCCUCAAGGCCGUGUCACUGUGUCACACCGUCCAGAUCAGCUACAACAAGUCAGAGUCCUGGCUGGGAGGGGAUCCGUUCUCCCACACCAACAGUUUCUCCUUCAGCCACAUGGAGUACUACGCCUCCUCACCGGAUGAGAAGGCGUUGGUUGAGGGAACGAAGAGAAUUGGCGUGGCGUUCACAGGCUGCAGCGGGGACACCAUGGAAAUAAAUACAUUUGGGAAAUCUGAAAAGUAUAAACUGCUCCAUGUGUUGGAGUUUGAUCCAAACCGCAGGAGGAUGAGCGUCAUACUGCAGACUCCCUCAGGAGGGAAAGUGAUUUUCACAAAGGGUGCUGAGUCGGCCGUCUUGCCUUUCGCCACGACUGGAGAGAUUGAAAAAACCCGGCUGCAUGUGGACGAGUUUGCUUUGAAAGGUUUGCGUACCCUCGUUGUCGCAUGCCGCCACUUCAGUCCGGAGGAGUACAUCGCUGUGAACAAGCGGCUGACGUUUGCUCGCACGGCUCUGCAGCGGCGUGAGGAGAAACUGCAGCAAGCUUUCGCCUACAUCGAAAACAAUCUGCACGUCCUGGGAGCGACCGGCGUCGAAGACAAGCUUCAAGACAAAGUUCCGGAGACAAUUGAAGUCCUGCGUCUGGCGGGAAUCAAAGUAUGGGUGCUGACGGGGGACAAACACGAGACGGCGGUCAGCGUCAGCUUGUCGUGCGGCCAUUUCCACCGAACCAUGAACAUCCUGGAGCUUCUGCAGCAGCGCUCCGACAACGAGUGUGCAGAGCAGCUCCGCAGGCUGGCCCGAAGGAUAAAGGAAGACCACGUCAUCCAGCACGGCUUGGUGGUCGACGGCGCUAGUCUGUCGUUAGCAUUGAGGGAACAUGAGAAGCUAUUUAUGGAAGUGUGUAAAAGCUGCUCAGCUGUGCUCUGCUGCCGCAUGGCCCCUCUGCAAAAAGCCAAGGUUGUUCGCCUGCUAAAGACUUCUCCAGAAAAGCCAAUAACAUUAGCUGUUGGGGACGGAGCCAAUGAUGUCAGUAUGAUACAGGAAGCUCAUGUAGGCAUAGGCAUCAUGGGAAAGGAGGGUCGUCAGGCCGUGAGAAACAGUGACUAUGCAAUCGCCAGGUUUAAGUUCCUGGCUAAACUCCUGCUGGUCCACGGCCACUUCUACUACAUUCGAAUUGCUACUCUUGUACAGUACUUUUUCUACAAGAAUGUGUGUUUUAUUACACCACAGUUUUUAUACCAGUUCUUCUGCUUGUUUUCACAACAAACUCUGUAUGACAGUGUUUACCUGACGCUGUACAACAUCUGCUUCACCUCGCUGCCCAUCCUGGUGUACAGUCUGUUUGAGCAGCUGGUCCACCCCGACAUCCUGCAGGCUAAACCUGGCCUCUACAGAGACAUCAGCAAGAACUCUCUGCUGUCGUUCUGGACGUUCCUGUACUGGACGGCGUUGGGCUUCACUCACGCCUUUGCGUUUUUCUUUGGCUCCUACCUCCUGAUGGGGGAGGACACCUCUCUCAUGAGCAACGGACAGAUGUUGCGAGCUAACAGGCAGCUGAUGUUUGGGAACUGGACGUUUGGAACGCUCGUCUUUACUGUCAUGGUCAUCACCGUCACGCUAAAGCUCGCGUUGGAGACUCAGUUCUGGACCUGGAUGAACCAUUUUGUGACGUGGGGCUCAAUCGCUUUCUAUUUCAUCUUCUCUUUGUUUUACGGAGGCAUCAUCUGGCCGUUCUUGCACACCCAGGACAUGUACUUUGUCUUCGUCCAGCUGCUGUCCUGCGGCUCGGCCUGGUUCGCCAUCGUCAUCAUCGUCCUCACCUGCCUGUUUCCUGAAGUGAUGAAGAAGGUCCUCUACAGACACCUGUGUCCCACCAGCACACAGAAGAGCCAGUCUCUAUCCGCCCCGCAGGCGCAGGCCCUCAGCUGUGUGGAGUCCCUGUGCUGCUACCAACAUGGGCAAAGCGGCUGUUCCCGCCUGGCCCGCCUCCUGGAACAAAUGACGGGACAAUGCAAGGCCGGCGUCAACAAUUGCCACACAUCCAGCCGCAGCAACAGGUGGGGAGGACUGCAGCGUCGACGAGAAACGAUUAUUGUGAAUCCCGAUGAACCGUCUUUUGAUUUGGGCAGCAGCUCCGAGUGUUUUAGCCUGUGAUCCCGCCGAGCUGCGUGGAAGCAGAGUGUCGGUGGGUUUUAAAGGCUGGUUUUAGGAAAGAGUUGGAGGCUGAAGAUGAGUGGAUCAAACACUUAUAGACUUCUUCUGUGACAGCAUGAUUAAACACACACAUCCAACGGGUUUGGAGUCGCAAAGGCAAUGAAACCAAAAAUUUAGAGGUUAACGCUUCAGAGUACGACGGUUGUUCUGUGACCAGGGAGAAUUCGGUACGAUAUUUUUAUUUAUCGCAGUUCACACAUCAGCAGCUGCGUUUCCAUUGGCUAUAUGACUGCGCUAAUUUGAAUUACGAAAAUAAAUUUGCUUAACGGAAACUAGUCAAUUUAGAAAAAAUAUUUUUUGUGCUAAUAUGAAGUGUUUUCAAUAUUGGUGUAUUUCACAAAACUGCAAUGGAAACACGUUUUAAGCCUGUCGCAAUAAAAAAGAAAACAUUUACUUGCACGAUAAAUUAAAGCUAACUCAAUGAUUUCCACUAGCAUGAUUUAUCGUUUUUCUUUUCUCUCUCUCUUUAAUUGAAUUUGUUAUUUAACUGAAACAUUGCAAUUACAAAACUGUAUUUUCUCGACAUUUUCACACAUUUGUAACUGAAUCGCAGCUAUUGAUACUCGUGCCUUGCACAAAAUGCAUUUAAUGAGUUGCAUUUCCUAUAAAAAUGUGUGAAAAACUUGCACUUAUUUCUAAAAAAUGCAA